UCUCGGCUAUAUUCCCCUUCGUCACAAAAUACCCCUUCUCUCCUUCUCUCUCUCUCAAGACGUUCUCUCUCUCUCUCUCUCUAGAUUAUUUUGGGACGGAAUUUGUAUCAGAAUUUGAUCAAGUUUUUCUGCUUCUGAAAGGCACGGUAUAAAGGCUUUGGACUUGGGUAGAAAACUCAUAUUAGCAUGAGUUCUCGGGCGGCCAGGGGGGCUCCUGUAAGAGGGUACCGUCGUCGGAAGACAGUACUGGACUUAGACCUCAACACUGCACCACCAAGUGACAAUCGGGAUCUGGAGGGGACUUCAAUCCAGGUGGAGCAUAAUGGAAUUCAAGGGCGGUCUGUGCUACCUGCUAUGAUUGAUGUUGAGGCCAUUGAUGACGAUGUUGUUGAAUCCUCCCCGAGGGCUUUUGCUCAGGCCAAAAACAAUUCGAGAAGGAAUGGUGGAAGGGCUGUUGUGGAUGUGGAUCAAGAAGAAAGGACUAGGGUUGCCCAGAAUAACCGUAACAAGCGAAGAAGAGAUCUACCCAACCAAACAAUUAUUAAUUGUGAUUUAUACAUAAAUUUGGAAAGCAGCAGUAACUCUACGAGAGAGAGUGUGACAAAGCUGCCUUCACCACCAAAGGAGCCCACAUUUACCUGUCCAAUUUGUAUGGGUCCAUUAGUUGAAGAAAUGUCUACGAGGUGUGGUCACAUAUUCUGUAAGACAUGUAUUAAGACUGCAAUGCGUACACAGAGUAAAUGCCCCACUUGUCGGAAACACAUCACAGCCAAAGAACUCAUUAGAAUCUUUCUUCCUUCAACCAGUUAAUGCUCAGGCUUUAUAUUUGAUUAUGAUCCAAACAAGCUGCUGCUGAGUGAAAGGGGAAAUGGAACAAUUGUUUCGGCUUGUUGGUACACAAUUGUUUAUACUCCUAACAAUUGUCUGAAAAUAUGAUGCAGUUCAAGCAAAUAUACCUCAUGACAUUGGUGGGUUUUGGUCAAGAGCAAAGCAAAUAUAUGUUUGGAGUACGUGUCAAGAACAAAGUUAUUUUUACUCUAUUGUUGUCCUGAGACACUUUUGUGUCUGUUAGUGUAGACGCUACCUGGCUUAGGCGUUGAUGGGGAAUUAGUGUUUGGGACUGGACGGUCUAGAGGGAAAUAUUAGGUUAAAUGAUAUGAAUACACCGAGGUUGAGAGUAAUUUUAAUGGUCCUUUCCUCAUUGGGUUGUAUGUGAGAAACAACAGUUAUUAUAUAUGUUAAUGAUCAGCAGUGGGAGCUAUCCUGUUUAUUUC